AUGCCCAGCCUCACCAAGGCGACAGCCCUCGCGGCGGCCGUGGGCUCCGGUGCCCUGGCGCAGCAACUCACCUCGUCGCACCCGGACCUCGCCGACUUCGCCGUGUACGACGCCAGCUUCCAGGACAUCCUGGGCGACAGCGCCUCGAUCGAGCUCAUCUACAACGCCACGGAGCCGCUCUUCCACGAGGGCGCCGUCUACGUCGCGGCCGCGGACACGCUCUUCGUCAGCUCGAACCGCAUCCCGCUGCCCGAGGGGCAGGCCGACGAGAGCACGAGCGACCAGGUGAUCAGGUUCUCCGCCGUGACGAACGUGUCGGCGCCCGCCGCCCAGGACGGCGCCGCCCCGCCCGCCAUCGCGGUGCAGCCGCUCGACACGUCCAGCAUAGUCCUGCCCAACGGCGGCGCGCUGCACGCCGGCGCGGAGGGGAUCCUCUUCACGGCGCAGGGCAGCAAGACGAGGCCCGCGGGCAUCUUCUCCAUCCCGGACCCCAUAAACAGCCCCAACGCCUCGGUGCCCGUGGUCACCUCGUUCCUGGGGCGGCCGUUCAACUCGCCCAACGACGUGGUGGCGAACCCACAGGACGGCGAGGACGGCACCAUCUGGUUCACGGACCCGUCCUACGGCUCGUCGCAGGGGAUCCGGGGCCCGCCGCAGCUGCCCAACCAGGUCUACCGGCACGACCCGGCCGCAAACGCCACGCGCGCCGUGGCGGACGGGCUCCAGCAGCCCAACGGCCUCGCGUUCAGCGCCGACUUUGGCGCGCUGUACGUCACGGACGCGAGCGCCUCGGCCGAGGACCCGGCCGGCGCGGCGACGAUCUACAGGUACGACGUGGUCUACGACGCCCCCGGGACGUUCCUCGCCAACAAGAGGGUGUUUGCGUUCGCGCCGGCCGGGAUCCCGGACGGCAUCAAGGUCGACGCCGAGGGGAACGUGUGGGCCGGCACGGGGGCCGGCGUCGCCGUGUGGAACGAGGCUGGCGACCUGAUCGGGCAGGUCACGGUGCAGGGCGGGGCGUCCAACUUUGGGUUUGGCGGGGACGAGAAGACCGUCUUCGUGCUGGGGGAGAAGCUGCUGUGGAGGGUGAGGCUUGAUAUCUAG